GAAGCAACUGAGAAUGCGCCAAGAAAAGGGGGCCGGGUCGGCUAUAAAAGAACGAGUCCCAGCCUAGAAGGCAGUAGUUGGAGAGUGGUUGACGUGUAGUUCGAGUCGGGGGUGUGAGUGAGGAAGUUAGCCGAGUUACUCAUCCUGCGUGUUCAAGAGCGGCCAGUUGGUGGCAGUGCCUAACAUCAACAUUCCAGUGCAGCGUUUCUACCACACGGCUUGCUUGAGAAGAGGUCCAGCCAUACGAGCACAGUGACAGGAGAGCUCAUUGCUAGCGAGUCGGUUACACCAAGCAGCGCUUUCUGAGGCGACCUGCCUGUCAGUUUCUCUGGCUUUACCACACUUUGCAUGGACGCUGAUUGCCAGUGAAGUUGUAGUAUACACUUAAGGCAGACUGAUCAUCUGUUGCAUUCCAUCAGAAAGAAGAAGCAGGGUCUGCUAUGUCUGAAUUGGGAAUCUGCAAAAGUUUGGCAGGUGGGGGUAGUCUCCUGGCCAGUAAGGAAGGCAGUGGGUGGCAACCUGUGGAAGAGGUGGAGAGAGAGGAGCACCCAGUAAGAGAUCCCAACCCUGUGUCUUGCAGAGAGCAAAAGGACCCUGACAAAGAGGGUGGCUGCCAAAAACCAGGGCAGCUGGCAAAGGCAAAACCCCAACAAGAAGGGGAUUGGAAGGAGCUUGGCAAGAAGAGGCAUAGGAGACUCCCCUCUAAAAAUAAGAGAAAGUGGAAGCCCUACUGUAAACUUACAUGGGAGGAGAAGAAGAACCUGGAAGAGCGGGCAUCCCAAAGGGCAUCAAGGAUAAGGGCAGAAAUGAUUGCCAAGGGGCAGCCAGUGGCACCUUACAAUACCACCCAGUUCCUAAUGGAAGACCACGACCAAGAAGAGCCAGACCUGUGUCCCCCACCAAGAAAGUCAUCAACUGCCCUUCCCCUGGCCAUCAUUAACUCAUCCUACAAAGGAGAUAGCACAGAUGAUGACUUGGAGGAAGAGGAAGACGAAACGGGUAGUGAUGGAAUGGGGGUCUAUGAUGGAGAAGACUUUUUGCAGAAGGAUUUCUCAGAGACUUAUGAGAGGUACCAUGCAGAGAGUCUACAGGACAUGAGCAAGCAAGAGUUGAUCCGAGAGUACAUGGAGCUUGAGAAAUGCUUGAGCCGGAUGGAGGAAGAGAAUAACCGCUUGAGACUCCAGUCGUUAACCAGUACCCCCGUUGCCGAUCACAAGGACUCAAGGAUCCAGGAAUUGCAGCUAGAGCUUGAAAAGCUGAAGGAAGAGAACCAACGACUGCUUCAGGAGAGGAAGCAAGUGGCUUCAGACUCAUGUGAACACUGACCAGUGACUGGACUAAUGCCACUGAACUUUAUACAUUCAACACUUUCUCUUAUAUAAUUUGUAUGGUUGGCGUGCUAAAAUCAGGGCAGCCGCUUGGGGUGGGGGCAGCAGGAACUACUAUAAGGGGGGAUUUUUUUUUAAUGACUGGACAUCAAUUUUUUUUUUUCCUCUUUAGGGUCUCCCACUAUUGGGCAGGUAAGGCAAUCUUUUGUUUGGGCCCUGGUGGAGCUUACAAGGGGUCUACUCUGCUUACAGGAGGCGGGGCCUGACUAGUUUUGUAGUGCUCCGCAAUUUCUGAUGGUGGCCCUGGCUGGAGUAGACACAUUGCUGCCCUAGGACUGUCAUGGAAUCCAAAGUUUACACACCCUCAUGAAAUCUUUUCAAAAAGUCAAAUAACAUUAUUAUUAUUAUUUUUUUUUAAUACGAACUAUAACAUUCAUAAAAAACACAAUGGGGGAAAAGACUUAUUUUUGUCUGUUGAUCACAUUGAGACUUUUUUUUUUUCCUUACAACAGUGUGAACCCGAAAUAGCAUAUUGAGUUUUAUGGUGUCUAUAUAUUAAAUAUAAUUUUUUUUAAUGAUGUUAUAUCUUUGUCAGUAUGAUGCCUUUCUUCCUAUUCUCUAACCUCUCCCUGCAUUCUAACCUGUUUAAUUACUUUUUUUUUUUUUUCUCAGUAUGAAACACUUUUUAAUAAAUGUCUAAAAA